GGUUCUCCACAGGACUCAGGUCCGCUAUAGCUGUCAAAGCUCAGUUUGAUGAAGAUGAUCUUGCUCCUUCACUUCGUCAUCCUCCAAGUUUUCUAUGUCGUUGAGGGGUACCCUAGCGGUGCUCCUACGGGUGCCUGUGAGGAUAUGAUACCCCGCCACAUGGGAGUGUUGCCUCAGCCGUCACCGGCUCCCUACUCUCUGCUGACCGACAGCAGGACUUUUGAAGCAGGAAAGCCUAUAACAGUGACCAUUAAAGGUCCAGACUACAGGGGGGUUCUGCUGGAAGCCCGGACAGAUGGCAGCACAAAUGCUCUGGGGAGCUGGAGUCUUCCUCCUCCAGACACUAAAUUUCUUCAGUGCGCGGGGAAUCCUCAGGGUGCAGUGACUCAUGCCAACACCAACCUGAAGGGAAACAGCACUGUGUACAACUGGAUACCGCCGAGCAUCACGAAUCCUGUCUAUUUUGUCGCAACAGUGGCAGAGCAGCGCACAGUCUUCUGGCUAAAUGUGAGGUCUGCUACUCUGACUCGUGGAACCACAGCUGGGAUUGGUCUGGCUACAGAUGCAGGAGCCACAACGGCCGAAAACAAACCUUUCCUUCUCUUUGCUACAUGCUUUUUGGUGUUACAGCUUCUGGGUUAAAUACGUCAUCUUUGCCAUUUUGUGUUGACUCCUAUUAAAAUAAAUAAAUAUACGUUAUUGUGUGUUUUAGUUCAAUUUAUGCACAACCUUCUUCAAGAGUACUGUGGUGAUUUGUUGACCUCAUCUUUUAUUUAGCGUGUCAUACUGUGGUUUUAUACCCACCACACAAUGAGGAAGCAUCAGUAGAAUCUUCGAGCUUACAUACCUCCUUGUUUUAAAAUCAUUAGCCUGUUCAUCAAUGUACAUGGCGGCAGUCAGGUGGCCGUCAGGCGUGCAAAAUGGCCUGAUUUUUACAUCCCCGGGAUACCGGGUGACUGGUGACACUUGAUAUUAACACAUCAUCCAGUCAGAGCUUCUGCCGGCCACUGAUCUGCCCUGACCGAUGUCAGCUUUUAGAGAAAAAUCGUCCGGUCGCUGUAGAAUUGUAACUUUUUUUCCAUCCUCUGCAACAGUCGUGCAGCAUGUAAACAUACGACUUCCACCUCCUGUUUACAGAUGUAUUUUGAGGUAUGUAACCGGGGUGCAGGGUUAUUUAUAGGCUAGAACUGUCACCUCACGUCGAGAAAGGUUCAAAUCCCGGCUGAGUCUUUCCUGUACAUGCAUGGAUUCAAACUUCCUCCUUCCAAAAACAUGGAUACAUUGAUAAAAUUGCCCCUUAAGUGUGAACUUGAGAUUGGUUGUGUUACAUUUUGACACAUUUGCAAACUGUCUAGCAUUUCCCACAUCUUUACCCUCUAGUAGCUAGGAUAGGCUCCAGCAACUCCAAGACCCUAAAACGUAAUAAGCAGAUGUAGAAGAUGAGAUCUGGUGCACGAAAACCUUCUGGGUAAAUAUGAAUGUAAGAUAUCCAUAUAUAAACUACUUAUGAAUAUUACUUUCCUUGAGUGUCUGAAUGAUUUAAUGAAAACAAAUGUCAACAUCAGUACACUCCAAUAAAGGAAAUUGUUAUGGAAUAUGAUUGGAUCCUUUCUUCUGUUUGCUAAAAUAUUGUGUUUUAACUUAAUAAAAUAAAAUUUAACUUAAAAAAUAUGGCUUUGCUGCUUGAAUUUGUGUUACAGAAUGAGAUGAGAUCAUAGAAAAUAAGAGUGAGCUGUUUAAAAUAAAAUAGAAGCAGCACUUUGGGAUAAAACAAAAGUGAAGUCUCACUUAAAAGCACCCUCUUACUGAAACAAACAAGACCCAAUUUUGAAGGCAUAUUCUGCUUUAACUCCUCCACAAUAACAGUACCAACAUAUAUAUAUUUUACAUUUCUUGUGUUUCUUUUUUUUUACUCAAAUGUAAUUGAUUUUGAUUUGAAUCAUAAGCUGAUUUUGAUAAUAAAAUAAAAUAUUUGAAACAAAUGUUUUUAUUACACAUAUUGUCCUUUUAUAAUUUAGGCCAAAUAUAGAAUUUGAAACUAAAAAGAUCAAAAAUAAGUUGUAACAACCAAAAAGUAUAAGAAAAAAAUAAUGAUCACAUCCAUGUUUUUUUACUGUCUACGCCUCCUUUCUUUUGGCAAUGACAGCGGGAAAUUGAACAUUAUGCCAGUUGUUAUUGGAUAAGAGGCAUUAACUAAAAUCAAAAUAAUUAAAAUCAAGAUCAAGUUUAUCAUUUUUUUCU